GCUACACAAGGUCCUCCUCCAGCAGGCAACACAAGGUCCUCCUCCAGCAGGCAACACAAGGUCCUCCUCCAGCAGGCAACACAAGUUCUUCCUCCAGCAGGCAACACAAGGUCCUCCUCCAGCAGGCAACACAAGGUCCUCCUCCAGCAGGCAACACAAGGUCCACCUCCAGCAGGCAAGACAAGGUCCUCCUCCAGCAGGGAACACAAGGUCCUCCUCCAGCAGGCAACACAGGUCCUCCUCAGCAGGAACACAAGGUCCACCUCCAGCAGGCAACACAAGGUCCACCUCCAGCAGGCAACACAAGGUCCUCCUCCCAGCAGGGAACACAAGGUCCCUCCAGCAGGCAACACAAAGUCCUCCUCCAGCAGGCAACACAAGGUCCUCCUCCAGCAGGCAACACAAGGUCCUCCUCCAGCAGGAACACAAGGUCCACCUCCAGCAGGCAACACAAGGUCCACCUCCAGCAGGCAACACAAGGUCCUCCUCCAGCAGGCAACACAAGGUCCUCCUCCAGCAGGCAACACAGGUCCUCCUCCAGCAGGCAACACAAGGUCCUCCUCCAGCAGGCAACACAAGGUCCACCUCCAGCAGGCAACACAGUCCUCCUCCAGCAGGGAACACAAGGUCCUCCUCCAGCAGGCAACACAAGGUCCUCCUCCAGCAGGCAACACAAGGUCCCUCCUCCAGCAGGGAACACAAGGUCCACCUCCAGCAGGCAACACAAGGUCCACCUCCAGCAGGCAACACAAGGUCCACCUCCAGCAGGCAACACAAGGUCCUCCUCCAGCAGGCAACACAAGGUCCUCCUCCAGCAGGCAACACAAGGUCCUCCUCCAGCAGGCUGA